CGCCCUGGAGGCUGCCGUGGCCCUGGCCGCGGCCCCCGCCUUCACUGUGCCAGGUAGGCCUCAGCUACCGCCACAGGGGGCACCCAGGAGGGCCCUCUGACCUCCCUGUCUCCGAGGCGCUUCCCUGACACGCACCAGGAUGGCACCGGGACCGGAGGAGCAGAGCAGAGGAGGCAGAAGAGCAGGGCAGGGCCCUGCCCGGAGACCCCCAUGCGGCAGGGCCCAGGCCAUUGUGAGACAGCUAGCUGAGCGUGGGGGGGCCUGUCCUUGGCCCCCUGGGUCUUAACCCCAUCUGCUGUCGCGGGCCUGGGGCAGGCAUGUCACGCUCCGGCAGAUUCUUUUCCUUACAAGAAACGGUGUGUCAGGGUGCUAGGUUCCUAUCCUGGGAGCGGCGCCCACCCACCUGCCUGUCCCGUGCGCAGGGCAGGCCAUGUGCCCGGAGCUCAGCUCCUCGGAGGAGGACUCCUGCGUCGUCUCCUGCAGCACCGAUGACGACUGCCCCCAAGGCAUCAGAUGCUGCCCCAGGAGCCCCUGCAGCCGCUCCUGCGUGUUCCCCGUCAUGGGUAACAGUCACCCCUGUGCCCCACGCCAGACCCUGUCUGGUGGAGGGAGGAACCAUCCACACCCCCUCUCAGUGGCCUGCCCCACAGCCCCCUAAACUCCACCAGGCAGUGACCCCACCCACCUGCUGGCCCAGCCACGGGGCUCCGCUCAGAGUCCCCUCCCUGAGGGCUCGGCUGCCGUCCAGGGUGCCGCACAGUGGUGUGGGGGCCCCCACCGGGACCCAGCAGCAGGGUGGACCACUGGGACCUGAAGGGCUGGCCCGUGUCUCCGCAGCACCUUUGCAAAAGGCUGGCCGCUGCCCCCGGGUACCCGUCCCGCUGGCCCCCGAGCCCUGCUCAGAGAGCACCGAGUGCUCUGUGGACAGCCAGUGUGCAGGGAGCAGGAAGUGUUGUUUCAGCACGUGCGCCAUGCGGUGUCUGGACCCUGCGACAGAGGACCCCCUUCAGUGACGGGCUUCCCCAGGAGUCCCUGGCUGCCCGGAGUGACCCACCUGAGCCUGCCUGGCGAAAGCCUUCUCUCUCGGAUCCAGAAAGCCCAAGAUGUUUCCUACCUGCUGCUAAUAAAAACCCACUCAGCUUCAUGUC